CGACGUUCCAGAAACGCGCGAUUCAGAAGCCGGCCGCCAUGGAUCCAGCAGGAGCAACGGUGGCCAACGACAUCGGGGGAGAGAAAUUCCCGGUGGGGAAUAUUUAUUCGGUUAAAGUAAUCACCGGAGAUGAGUUCAGAGGGAUCGUCAUGGCUUACGAUCCAAUCCCAAACUUCGUCGUUUUUGAAGAGGGUUCGAAACCUAGAGAUGGGCAUGCGAAGAACACUAGGAUGGUGAAUGCGAGUUUCAUAACGGGGCUUUCGUAUCUGGGCAAAACAGAAGAUCCGCUUCUUACUGAUGACUGUUGGGUUAAUCUCGACGGGCUUCGAGCUAAAGAGGCACUUGCUAUCAGGCAAGCGGAAGCAGAAGCUGAGAGAAUGGGUGUUGGUGUUACCGCGGAGGCGCAGAGCAUUUUCGAUGCGUUGUCUAAGACGCUGCCUGUGCAGUGGGAAAACUCUGACAUUUUGGUGAUGAAAGAAGUGCGUGUUCGUAGCCCCUAUCUUUCAGAUUGUGUCUUUGGAGGAACAGAUGCCGCCAACAACCGAGUCAAGAAAGUGCUUGAACUGGUGAGACGAAGGCUGCAACUUGUUGGCACAUGAGGCCAGGGAAAGGAGAGUCAGGUCAGUGAAAUCGCUAAGAAGGUUAUGUUACUAAGCGUUUAGAUCUGAUCGGCAAGGGAGAAGAAGUGGGCAUUGUUGGCUUUUCUCGCAUGUUGUUGUCUUUACCAGAUUAGAGAUUUUUCUUUGAGUUCCAGGGAUGUGAAAAUCAGGCAGACUACUUUCACCCUGUUUUCAAAUUUUUUUUUCAGUAUUUAUCACAUGGUCGUGCAUUUUGGAAUGGUACUGGCUUUUGUUGAUGUUGACAAUUACAAUAACCUCACAAACAAAUUU